GCCCUCUCCGCGCGUCCGCGUGCCGCAGCCCGCGCCGCCUUCCGCCGCCUCGCUCCAGCGCCCCGCGUCGCCGCCGCCGGGCUCACUGGCUGGCGCGGUGCGGGCGCUGGGCUCCCGCAGCAGGAGAGGACCAUCAGGGCCGCCGCCCCCACUUCGGCCCGGGCCCGGGCGCUGGCCCCGCCCUGGGCCCCGACCCCAACCACCUGCCCGGCCAGGCGAUGAAGUGUCACUACGAGGCGCUGGGGGUGCGGCGCGACGCCAGCGAGGAGGAGCUCAAGAAGGCCUAUCGGAAGCUGGCACUGAAAUGGCACCCGGACAAAAAUCUGGAUAAUGCCGCUGAAGCAGCUGAACAAUUUAAGUUAAUCCAAGCAGCAUAUGAUGUGUUGAGUGACCCUCAGGAAAGAGCAUGGUAUGAUAAUCAUAGAGAAGCUCUACUUAGAGGUAAGCUUGAUGGGGAAUAUAAAGAUGACAGCUUAGAUUUGCUUCGCUACUUCACUGUUACCUGUUACUCUGGUCAUGGAGAUGAUGAAAAGGGCUUUUAUACUGUGUAUCGUAAUGUUUUUGAAAUGAUUGCAAGGGAAGAACUAGAAUCUGUGUUAGAAGCAGAUAUUGAGGAUUUCCCGACUUUUGGAGACUCCCAGAGUGACUAUGAUACGGUGGUCCAUCCUUUCUAUGCUUACUGGCAGAGUUUCUGCACUCAGAAGAACUUUGCUUGGAAGGAAGAAUAUGAUACCCGACAAGCUUCAAAUCGCUGGGAGAAACGAGCCAUGGAAAAAGAAAACAAAAAGAUUCGAGACAAAGCCAGGAAGGAGAAGAAUGAGCUUGUCCGUCAGUUAGUAGCAUUCAUUCGGAAAAGAGAUAAAAGAGUGCAGGCCCAUCGAAAGCUUGUGGAGGAGCAGAACGCAGAGAAGGCGAGAAAAGCCGAAGAGAUGAGGCGUCAGCAGAAGCUAAAGCAGGCCAAACUGGCAGAACAGUACCAGGAACAGAGCUGGAUGACAGUGGCCAAUUUGGAGAAAGAGCUCCAGGAGAUGGAGGCACAGUAUGAAAAGGAGUUUGGAGAUGGAUCAGAUGAAGACGAAAUGGAGGAACAUGAACUCAAAGAUGGACAGGAUGGUAAAGACAGUGAUGAGAUGGAGGACGCUGAGCGUUAUGAUGGCCUUUACUGCCCAGCAUGUGACAAAUCUUUCAAGACAGAAAAGGCCAUGAGGAAUCAUGAAAAAUCAAAGAAGCAUCGGGAAAUGGUUACCUUGUUAAAACAGCAGUUAGAAGAAGAGGAAGAAAAUUUUUCAGGAACUCAAACUGAUGAAAAUCCACUGAAUGCUAAUUCUGAGGAAGAAGUAGAAGAUGCUCCAAAACAAAAGCUUUCCAAAAAACAGAAGAAAAAGAAACAGAAGCCAGCACAGAAUUAUGAUGCUAAUUUCCAUGAAAAUGGAACUGGAGAAGGAGUAAAGGUUGAAUCAGAAGUUACCAAUUUAAAUCAAGACAGUGCCAAAGAAUUAGAAGAUAGUCCCCAGGAAAAUGUCAGUGUCACAGAGUUUGUUGGACUUUGUGGUGACCCAAAAAAUGAAGCGAAAAGUGUUCCUAAACCCAAAGGAAAGAAAGCCAAAGAUACGAAAAAAUCUGUCAGAGUACCUGCUGAACCACAGACAGUGAGUGAUGUUCUUAUUAGCUGUACAACCUGCCAUAGUGAAUUUCCAUCCCGGAAUAAACUUUUUGACCAUCUAAAGGCCACAGGUCAUGCGAGAGCACCUUCAUCAUCUUCUUUAAACAGUGUAGCAAAUAGUCGAAGCAAGAAAGAGAAACGUAAAAACAGAUAGAAAUUCUGCCAACACAUUUUCUUUCUGAUUGUCUCUAGAUUUUGAAACCAAAAACUGAACUGAAGUCAUCUAGAGUUAAAAUUUCAGUGAUCUGCAAUUUGUUGCAUUGUGGAAGAUUAUUUUUUAUCUUUUAAAAACAUUCUUUUUGUUUAAUAUAUAUUUUUUAAACAUUUCAUUAGUGAUUGAAUUCUACUUUUGCCAUACAAAUUGACUUGAAUAUCUCAAAGCAGGUAAAUAUUGUAAAGUAUGCUUUCUUGAUUUCUGUUGGCUCAUGUGGACACAAAUGUACAGGGAGAAUUAAAUUAUUUUAACACUUA